GCCCCAAGGACUCGAUCACGCUGAGGGUAUUUUGCAGAGAUAACAAGGGCAUUAUAACAUAGUUGGCUGAGUAUAAGGAUGUUUCCUGCGCAAACAAAAAGUACCCAAUCCGCAUCGACUUUGAGUUCUAUUCGUCCAAUUGCUGGUUCAACAUGGCAGACUACGAAUUCAACAGCUCCUUGUUCGGGCUUGCAGAGAAGCCAGCGAAAACAACAUACGGCCUUGAGGAGCCCACCACCUCCGUCACGACAUCCUCAACACCCGAUUCCACGACAUCGUCCGAGCCAACCUCCACGGAAACAACUACCGCUGCCCCUGCUGCCUCCUCCGACACUGACAACUCCAGUUCUGGUCUCAGCACCGGCGCCAAGGCCGGUAUCGGUGUUGGCGUAUCGCUUGGUGUAAUCGGUCUGGCUGCGCUGGCAGGGGGCUUCUGGAUGGUGAGAAGGAAAAGGGCCGGCGGUGAUCGUGGACCGUCCGGCCCAGGGGAGAGGCAGGAGCUGUAUACCGAGCCAGCGGGCUACAAACAGCCUGAAUAUCAAAUUCAGGAGCACUACGGCGAAGAGGGAUUGAGAAGCGGGAGUGCGGUACCGCCGAGCGAGUUAGAGGGCUCGAGGAGGCCGCAAUAUGAAAUGAUGGGCUAGCAAGGCUACUGUAGCUACCUCGGGUAGAUGUCAGGAC